AUGACGGCAAUCUACGUCAAGAACCGCCUGCCGUCGCCUAAAGUUAUGCACAAUACUCCGUUCGAGAUUGUCCACAACUCCAAGCCAAGUGUCAAGCACAUGCGGGUGUUCGGUUGUCAGAUUUACAUACUGACACCGAAGGAGAAGCGGCUCAAGUGGGACCCCAAGGCUCGCACUGGGAUAUUCUUGGGCUACGAAGAAGCCUUCAAAGCGUACCGCGUUUAUGAAAUCAGGGAGAGGAAGGUGGUCAUCAGUAGCGAUGUCAACUUUGAUGAGUCCGCCUUUGGACUUUCGCCGUUAACCACCGCUAAAGACGCCGAUGACAUUGACUUCGACUCCCUCAAUCUGGAUGAUGAAGUGCCAGGUCAAGCGCAGUACAAGCAAACAGGCAAGCGCAAUAGUCGUCCCCAUGAUGAAGGAGUACCAGCUCCACCCACGCGCACAGUGCGUCAAUGGCCUGGAUUAGAAGAAUCAAGUGCGCCAGACAAUCACACGAACCACCAAGAAGAAGAUGAAGAAACAAAGAGUGCUGAUGCAUCGACUCCGCCUGUGUUUUGGCGUGCGAGUGCGAACGCCAUCGAAACAGCAGUGGACUUAUCCGAGCCAUCAACUUUUGAAGCUGCGGUGAGCGGUCCUGAUCAAGUGCAUUGUCGCGAAGCUAUCCGUGCGGAGCGAGAGUCGAUGCGACUUCGUGAAGUAUUCCGCGCAGCCAAGCUACCUAAAGGACAUUGCGCCAUUGGCACGAAGUGGGUCUUCAAGAUCAAGCGCAAAGCGGACGGAUCAAUUGACAAGUACAAGGCGCGUCUUGUGGCAAAGGGUUUCAAGCAACAAUAUAGGAUGGACUACACGGAAACAUUCUCGCCCGUCGUCAAGUACGUGACGGUGCGCAUGGUGAUUGCAGUCGCCAAGUAUUUCGGAUGGACCAUCGACCAACUCAACGUGGUGACGGCAUUCCUGUAUGGUGUCAUGAAGGAACAAGUUUUUUGCGUCAUCCCUGAAGGCGUGGAGUUGGAGGGCUCCUUCGAUUGUCUGGGGUUGGUGAAGUCAAUCUACGGACUCAAGCAAGCGUCGCGUGCAUGGAACGAAACUUUUGACGAGUUCGUGUGUGCUAUUGGAUUCCAAGCGUCAAGCCUCGACCCGUGUCUCUACGUAAGGAUCGUGGAAGGGCAAUGCGUGCUGCUGCUGGUGUAUGUGGAUGAUGUGUUGAUCACCGGUAGCUCAUGCGAGCUAAUUGCACGCACCAAGACCGACCUGAAGACACGAUUCGAGAUGACUGACAGCGGCAAGUGUGCAUUUGUGCUUGGAAUCGAGCUUUUGGACGGCGCAGAUGGAAGUGUGACACUAUGUCAGCGUCGGUAUGUAGAUGACAGACUCAAGCGCUUUGGCAUGGAUGAUUGCAAGGCCGUCGCAAGUCCAGUCGACAUGAGCUCUCGACUUAUUUCAAGUGAUGCAGCCACCAAGGUCGAUGCUCCUUUUCGCGAAGCUGUUGGUGCGUUGAUGCACCUGACCACUGCAACGCGCCCGGAUGUUGCGUUCGCCCGCAUCUUCCGCUACCUGCAAGGCACCAAGAUGCACGGAAUCUGCUACAAGCCAAAUGCGAAGAUCGACUUUCGUGGCUACUCGGAUGCAGACAGGGCCGGUGACCUCGCUGAUCGCAAGUCGACGUCUGGCUACGUAUUCAUGCUGUUGGGUGCGCCAGUGAGUUGGGGCAGCAAGAAACAGCCAAGUGUUUCGCUGUCCACGACUGAAGCUGAAUACAUCGCACUCAGCUUGGCGAUUCAAGAGGGCAAGUGGAUUCAUCGUCUGCUUUACAAUCAGUCGUGUAUCAAGAUGACAAAGAACCCGGUCAACCACGGCCGUGCCAAGCACAUUGAUAUAAAGUAUCAUCACAUCCGUGAUGAGGUAAAGCGAGGUGCAGUGAAGCUCAAGUACUGUGAAACUGCGGUGAUGUUAGAGGACAUCAUGACGAAGGGACUUCACGGGCCACGCCGCAAGGAGAUGACGGCGACUCUCGGGAUUCGUGCGUGUUCGCAUUGA